UUGAAUUGUCAAGUGGACUUAGAAUCAAUGAAGAACACUGACUCCAAUAGCUGAUAUUUAUCUCAAUAAAACAUUAACAAUGAUGGAUUACGAAUUUAAAAUAAAAACACAGAAAGACAGGACUAAAGUUGAGGAUUUGUUUGAGUUUGAGGGGUGCAAAGUGGGACGAGGCACUUAUGGACAUGUCUACAAAGCCAGGCGGAAAGAGGGAAUUCCAGAUGCAGAAUUCAAAUCUAGGCCAGACACGAAAGAUUUCGGUCUUAAACAAAUUGAGGGAACUGGGCUGUCCAUGUCAGCAUGUCGAGAAAUAGCAUUACUCAGGGAAUUGAAGCAUAUCAAUGUGAUAACGCUGAUUCGUGUGUUUCUCUCUCAUAACGAUCGCAAAGUGUCCCUGCUGUUUGACUUUGCAGAGCAUGAUCUAUGGCAUAUAAUCAAAUUUCACAGAGCAGCUAAAGCCAAUAAAAAACCGGUGAUGGUACCUAAGGGAAUGGUGAAAUCACUCUUAUAUCAAAUAUUGAAUGGUAUACAUUAUUUACAUUCCAAUUGGGUGCUCCAUCGGGAUUUGAAACCAGCGAAUAUUUUAGUAAUGGGAGAGGGAAACGAGAGAGGUCGUGUAAAAAUAGCUGAUAUGGGAUUUGCGAGAUUAUUCAAUGCUCCGCUGAAACCUCUAGCUGACCUCGAUCCUGUGGUGGUGACAUUCUGGUACCGAGCGCCAGAAUUACUCUUAGGGGCGAGACAUUAUACAAAAGCAAUUGACAUAUGGGCGAUAGGAUGUAUAUUUGCAGAACUAUUAACUGCCGAACCAAUUUUUCACUGUAGACAAGAGGACAUAAAAACGAGUAAUCCUUAUCAUCACGAACAAUUAGAUCGAAUAUUCAAUGUCAUGGGAUUUCCCCUGGAGAAAGACUGGGAAGAUAUUAAGAAAAUGCCAGAACAUCCCACAUUACUUAAAGACUUCAAAAGAUCAAAUUAUGCCAACUGUUCGUUGACGAAGUAUAUGGAUCGACAUAAGAUAAAACCUGAUAGUAAAGCAUUUAACCUGUUACAAAAAUUACUGAUGAUGGAUCCUAAUAAGCGAAUAACUUCGGAACACUCGAUGCAGGAUGCCUACUUCCAAGAGGAACCACUGCCAACGCAAGACAUUUUUGCUGGUUGUCCAAUUCCCUAUCCAAAACGGGAAUUUUUGACUGAUGAUGAUACUGAAGAGAAGACGGAGAACAAAGCUCGACAAAAUCAACAACAAACGCAGCAACAGCCGACUCAGCCACAACAAGGUAAUAGUGAACACAGUCACGGUCAAAAUCCAAAACGAGUACGACUGAAUGGUCCUCACGGUGCACCGGAGUUCCAUCAACAUCAGACUCACACAAUGACUCAUCAACAGCCACCCGGUAUGGUUUAUUCAACUGCACAGUCAGCCCAGCCAGCCAACUUCCAUCAGCGUUACUAGUCGGCCAAUCUAGUUAUUGAUUUACAAAUGUUUGAUGAAGGAAACAACCGGAAUGAACGAAAUAAUUCUUGCUGCAGUUGGUGGAAUCAAUUACUACAUUGUUCAAUUCAAUUAUAAAUAAAUAUUAAUUACCUCAGUA